AUGGGUAUCACUACACUUAGAGGGAAAUCCCUCGGCCGUGUCAUUGGUCUUGUUGGCGCGGUCGGUUUCGUGCUACAAGGUUAUGACCAGGCUGUCGCUAAUGGCUUACUGACAUUGGGAUCUUUUAUUGCUAUUUUCCCUCAAAUCGAUACAGUCAAUACUCAUGGUAGCCAGAAAUCGCACAACUCUACUAUUCAAGGAACAACGGUCGCGAUCUAUGAAGUCGGCUGCGCUUUGGGUGCCCUGGGCUGCGUGUUUUUGGGCGACAAACUCGGUCGUCGCAAAACGAUCUUUCUUGCGGGAUGCGUUGCCUUGGUUGGAAUCGUUAUUCAAGCAAGCCCCUUUGCGUUGGGACAGUUGAUUUCUGGACGGGUUAUUACUGGCUUGGGUGUCGGUGGAUUCACCGCGACAAUCCCUAUGUAUGUUUCUGAGUCUUCUGGGGCAGAGGCUCGAGGACGCAUGGUUCUUUUAGAAGGGUGGUUUGCUAUCGGUGGUAUCGUCCUUGCAACUUGGUUAGAAUUUGGAUUAUACUACGUCAGCGAUAACUCAGUGAGCUGGCGCUUCCCCAUCGCCUUCCAGGGCAUUUUUGCCCUCGUGGUUGUCUCGUGUAUCCUAUUUUUGCCCGAGUCUCCUCGAUGGCUUGCUCGCGUUGGCCGUAUGGAAGAAGCGGCCAAGGUUCUCUCACGGAUGGAAGAUGUGCCAGUGGAAUCGGAACACGUUGCGCAAGAGCUGGAGAUCAUCAAGCAAUCUCUUUUCCUGGAUGCAACGGACGAAUCGACGGUUUCGACUUCGCCUUUUGCUUUGACGAAUAAUCGUCAUUUGCACCGAACGGCUAUUGCUGUUGGAGUCAAUAUUCUCGCCCAGAUGACGGGUGUUAAUAUCAUUACGUUCUAUUCUGAUACUAUCUUCGAGUCCGAUUUGGGAUACUCAGGUACAAUCUCCCGCAUCAUAACAGGCUGUCUACAAAUCUGGCAAUUCAUAGCCGCCGGUAUAGCAGUGCUAUUAAUCGACCGAGUCGGACGUCGACCAUUACUCCUCACAGCCGCCGCCGGCAUGACAAUUGCCCAGACAUGCCUAGCAGGUCUUUCAAGCGAUCUUUCCAACGAAUCCGCCGCAGGCGCUUCAAUCCUAUUCUAUUUCAUGGCACUAUUCUGCUUCCCGAUCGGUCUAUUUUUGGUACCAUUCAUGUACGCCGCUGAAAUCGCACCCUUACGCACUCGCGCCAAAGUCACCGCUAUGUCCGCCGCGGCAAAUUGGCUCUUCAAUUUCCUUCUCGCGGAAGUGACGCCGAUUGGAUUUGCUAGUAUUCAAUGGCGGUAUUAUAUUAUAUACGCUUGUAUUAGUGCUUUCGCGUUUAUCUUCUUCUAUCUUUUCUGUCCGGAGACUAAGGGCCGCACGCUAGAGGAGAUUGAUGAUAUUUUCGUUCAGUCUAAUUCUGUUUUUGACCCUGUGAGAAUUGCUAGGGAAAUCCCCUUCCAGACUGAGCUUUUGGCUCAUAUUGAUGAUACUGAGAAGGUUGGGGCGAAGGAUGAGUGUGUUGAGAAUGCGUGA